GCUGUACCGCUUCCAGCGGCGAGCUAUCGUCGAUGCUCCCGAUCCGCUCGGGUCGUUCGUCUCCUUGAGGUCAUGUCAUCGCUGGUGUUGUUGUCAAGUUGGUCUCCAUCUUCCAGUCACCACGUCUGUUUUUUCUUCUAGUGACCUUACUACGCCGCACGCUACGAAGAAGCUGGGUCUGAUCGAUCUGGUUGACGUUGCGAGGCGGCAAUUCCUCAAGCGUGAGAUUAUAUUUGGGUGGUUUGGUUGUAGUUUCAAGGGGCAAGGUCAUUUAAGCUCAGAGUUUUGGGGUUCAUGGAAGAUUCGUGGAGAUUCCGUUAUAAUCUGUGAUACUUGGGCAACUUGGGGUGUGCAAAUGGUGACUCAGUGCUGAGAUUCAUCGAUGGAAUUGACAAGGUAGAGCGUAGAUUACAAUACGUGCAUUGAGUUCACAGGGUUUGGACAGGAAGUUGAUCUAGAGUCGAAUGCCUGCAGAUUUGUCGCACACAAAGGACUUAUUAUUCACUGAUCGUGCAUUCGGGGCUCGAAAGUCGCUUUGUCUGAGGGAUUGAGGGAAUAACGAGUCGCUGUCUAUUACGACACAGCCUUGCUUGUUAUUGUUCAUAGAUUCUCUGUAAAAGUGUUCAUGGGAUCUCCGGGAGCUUUACUAUCGCUAAGGGCAUGAAAUUCAGGAAAAUUCGCGCUGCAGCAGCUGGUCGUGUUGAAGCAAAUGAGGCAUCGUUGGCGAUUUAUCUCCUUGCAUUGAGGCGUUCUUAGUCGCAUAUCCUUGAAUCUCAAUCUAUGAGGUUUGAUCAGCGAAUUUCAAUGAUAUAGUUCAGGGUUUAGCAGAAACGCAGAAUUAAACGACGAUUGAUGAGAGGAUUGCAACCCAGUGCAUUUUACAGAUCGGUGAAGGCGGGUGGACUCCUCGCAUACGCUAAUGCAGAACGGCACAGAUCAUAAGCGUGAAAAGUUCUUCACACCAGCUUUCCAGCUCGGGCUUAACCAUGUCAUUGCAUUCGUUUCCUCUCCUCUCAUUUCUCCCGCAAACUCUCCGCGCCACUUUAGGGAGAGACCUCACGGUGUACGCCCCAUGCCCAUUCGCGAGCCGAAAGUGAAAUACGACUCGCCCAGAGUCAAGUUCGGCUCGCCUGCAGUCAAGUUCGGCUCGCCCGUUGUUAAGCCCCGCCUCAGCUCGACAUGGCUGCAGAAGCUGACCCACUGGUUGCUCUUAUUCUUCCGGAGACGCAACCGGGUUCUGCUCCUCAUACCCUUUAUCUACGUAAUGGGGACGCUGCUUUACAUGGAGGGCGAUUUUGCAAUGAAAUUUCCUUCGUUUCCUGGUCGGUAUCGGCCCGGCUCAGUGUAUCGCAGCUAUCGGGUGUUUGAGAAUCUGUGGCCUGAAAUGGAGCGCGCUGACUACUCCUCAGAUGGGGUGUGGUCUGGUUGGGAGUAUCCUAAGGAGGGUGGAGGCUACACACCGUGUCUUAAUUCCGUUUACCAGGACCCAGGUUUGCCAGACUCAAAUGGGUACAUUCUCGUCAAGGCAAAUGGCGGUCUGAAUCAACAGCGCUCCACAAUUUGUAAUGCCGUUGCAGUUGCAAAGCUCAUGAAUGCCACUCUUAUAGUACCCCACUUUCAUUUCAACACCGUAUGGAAAGAUCCCAGCACUUUCGGAGAUAUAUUUGACGAGGACCACUUCAUUGAAUCUCUUUCUAAGCAAGUAAGAAUAUUGCGAGCUCUGCCUCAAGAGAUGCUGGAUCGCUACGACAAUGGUAGCAUGAUAUUCAAGAUGAAAGUGACAGCGUGGUCUCUCCCCCGUUUUUAUCUGGAAGAAGCUCUCCCUGUGUUAAUAGAACGGGAAGUCGUCAAAUUUUCUCCCUUCGCCAAUCGAUUGGCAUAUGAUGGGAUUCCGACGGAAAUUCAAAAACUGAGGUGCUAUUCCAAUUUUGUUGCCCUGCGAUUUGCCCAACCGAUUGCUGAUAUGGGUAACAUGUUAGUUAGCCGAAUGAAAUCCAAGUGUGCGAAAAUGAAUGGCAAUUAUGUCGCCAUUCACCUGCGGUUCGAAGAGGAUAUGGUGGCUUUCUCUCAGUGUGUCUACGAUGAUGAUGAAGAAGAAAAGACGAGGCUUGAUAAUACUCGGGAAAGAGAUUGGCGUGGCAAGUUCACACGAGAGGGCCGUGCCAAUGCACCACCGGACGAAAUUAGAAGAAAUGGGAAGUGUCCUCUAACGCCUGUCGAGGUGGGAAUGAUGCUGCGUGGGAUGGGUUUCGACAAGAAUACCCCUAUCUAUUUAGCAGCUGGAGUAAUAUACAAAGGAGAGGAAAGUAUGGAGCCGCUCCGAAGAAUGUUUCCGUAUAUCCAUAGCAAAGAUACUUUACUAUCAUCAGAGGAACACAAGCAAUUUGAGGGCUUUUCAUCGCGGUUAGCAGCCCUUGACUACAUCGUCUGCCUGCACAGCGAAGUAUUUGUUACAACGCAGGGUGGUAAUUUUCCCCAAAUACUAAUGGGACAUCGCCGGUUUCUAAACAAAGGCCACUCCAGAACUAUCAACCCAGACAAGCGACACCUUGUCCGACUGCUAGACAACCCUCACAUCGAAUGGGACAUCUUUCGGAAAAGUCUGACAGAUAUGCGCAGGCAAAGCGACAUCAAUGGAUUCCAGCUUCGAAAGCCAAUUCCGGUCAAAACAGAUGAUCACUUCACCCAGCCACCCAAAGCGUCACUGUACACACAUCCUGCCCCUGAAUGUCUGUGUGCGGAGCCUGCUACAAGCACAGAAAGCACGCAGACCCUGGUCUCCGAGGCUUGAAACAAACCCGCCUGCAAGGACUCAUAUACUUCGGUGUUGUGAAGUUAUCUUCACAGGUGGAGCUCAUUCACAAAACUCAUCGUAAUACAUGGGCUAACAGCCUCUUUUGACUGUAACUGAUGCGUCAUUUUGGAGCUGUGAUUGUGUCGCUGGAAGUACAUGAACCAUAUGGAUUUGAUUUCAACGCCACCAACUGCGACGGUGUUGUGGAUUCAAUCUGUGAUGGUGCGUUUCUAGAUCCAUGAGUUUAGGCUUUUGCGACGCCGAGUCCUCCGGGUUAUUAUUCCAUGUGCAUGUGCACGUGAUCUGGUCCACAAUAUUGUGACCAAGAAAAUUAUGUCUACUUGCUUGUGGGUGGGUUGUAUAGCCUUUGAUUCAGCGGGGCAUGUUACUUUUCCUUUACAUUAUAUUUUCCUAUAAUGAAUUUUCUUUUAUUGAAUUUUUAUAGAAAUUGUUACAAUAUUGGAAGUGUGUAAGGAUUUAUUUACUUUAUUUAUUAUUUAUUUUUUUGAGUUACAGUUGUGCUUAGAUGUAAUGUAAAUUAAUAGUGCAUUGUGUACAAAUCAUCUUUAUUGUAGCUUAUUAGUGUUAAAGGGGUGUGCUGAUGUGUACAAGAAUUUGCUUCUAAGUGAAUUAAAUUUGCCAAAUUUGAUAGUUUUU